AUGGCGAGUUUCCUUGACAGCUCUUAUAGUCUGGUCCAUUUGGACAACACGGCGGACCAACCCAGCCAGCAAGAUCUCAAGACCCAACUCGAGAAGGGCACAGAUGAGACAAAGGUCGACACCAUGCGCCGUAUUCUGACAAUCAUGCUCAGCGGUGACCCCAUGCCAAAUCUUCUCAUGCAUAUUAUCCGAUUCGUCAUGCCCUCGAAGAGCAAACCUCUCAAGAAACUCCUGUACUUCUACUACGAAAUUUGUCCGAAAUUGGACGCCAAUGGAAAGUUGAAGCAAGAGAUGAUCCUAGUCUGUAACGGCAUCCGGAACGAUCUCCAGCAUCCCAACGAAUUCGUCCGGGGAAACACUCUUCGUUUCCUCUCCAAACUCCGAGAACCUGAAUUGAUUGAGCCCCUGCUCUCAGCUGCUCAGACCUGUCUUGACCACAGACACGCCUAUGUCAGAAAGAAUGCUGUUUGGGCGCUGGCUUCAGUCUACCAGCAUGCCCAACAUCUCAUUCCCGAUGCCCCGGAAAUGCUCUUUGCUUUCCUCGGUGCGGAAAGCGACACUACAUGCAAGCGGAAUGCAUUUGGAGCGCUGAUGACUAUUAGCCAUGAAAAGGCGCUUGAAUAUUUGACAGGAGUCCUCGAUGGAGUGCCAAAUGCCGACGAGCUGUUGCAAUUGGUUGAGUUGGAGUUCAUCCGGAAAGACGCAGUGCAGAACCAGCAAAACAAGGCUCGGUAUCUACGACUUAUUUUCGAUCUGCUGGAAGCAAACACAAGUACUGUCGUCUAUGAAGCCGCUACAUCUCUCACAGCUCUCACUAGCAAUCCAGUCGCCGUCAAAGCCGCUGCGGGAAAGCUGAUUGAGUUGAGUAUCAAAGAAGCAGACAAUAAUGUGAAACUGAUCGUUCUUGACCGCGUCGACCAGUUGAGGCGGCGGAACCAAGGUGUGCUGGAUGAUCUCACGAUGGAAGUCCUCCGCGUACUUUCCAGCCCAGAUCUCGACGUCCGGCGCAAGGCCUUGUCCAUUGCGCUGGAAAUGGUAUCUAGCAAGAACGUGCAGGAAAUCGUGAUGCUGCUGAAGAAAGAACUCAGCAAAACAGUGGUGGAACAGUACGAAAAGAAUUCGGAAUAUCGACAGCUCCUGAUCCAAUCUAUCCAUCAGUGUGCCAUCAAAUUUUCGGAGAUAGCUGCCAGCGUUGUGGACGUUUUGAUGGAUUUCAUCGCAGACUUCAACAACAGCUCAGCCGUCGAUGUCAUUUCAUUUGUGAAGGAAGUAGUUGAGAAAUUCCCUAAACUUAGGUCUUCAAUUGUGGAAAGACUGGUCUCGACCCUUGGAGAGGUGCGCGCAGGAAAGGUGUACCGAGGUUCGUUGUGGGUGAUCGGUGAAUACUCUUUGCAGGAGAACGACAUCAAAGAAGCCUGGAAACGAAUUCGAGCUAGCCUUGGAGAAAUCCCCAUCCUUGCCUCCGAGCAAAGACUGCUUGACGAACAGGCGAAUGAGGAUGCGGAAUCCAAGGAACAAGUCAAUGGACACUCGACCAAACCAACUUCCAGUGCUUCGACAAAGGUGCUUGCCGAUGGAACCUAUGCCACCGAAACGGCGAUGACGAGCGACUCCGCUGCUAAGGCCCGGCUAGAAGCAGUAAAAGCGGCCCAAAAGCCUCCGUUGCGACAACUCGUCCUGGAUGGCGAUUAUUACCUAAGCACUGUCCUAUCUUCAACACUCACAAAGCUUGUCAUGAGGCACUCAGAAAUAUCCUCUGAUCAAGCUCGCACCAAUGCUCUCCGAGCAGAAGCAAUGCUCAUCAUGAUCUCUAUUAUCCGUGUUGGUCAGUCGCAAUUUGUCAAGGCACCCAUUGACGAAGAUUCUGUCGAUCGUAUCAUGUCUUGUGUGCGUGCUCUUGCAGAGUUUACUGAACGGAAGGAGCUGGAGACAUCUUUCUUGGAUGAUACCCGCAAGGCUUUCCGAGCCAUGGUACAAGCCGAGGAGAAAAAGCGUGCCGCGAAAGAGGCAGUGGAGAAAGCGAAGACUGCGGUCCAAGUGGAAGACACCUUUUCGAUACGACAGCUAACGAAGAAAAAUGCCGGGGAUGGUGCAGAUGAGAUGGGACUGGAUUUGGAAAAAGCCACAGGCGGCGACGCAGCAAUCGAUGACCUUUCAUCUAAACUCAGCCGAGUUGUUCAACUUACUGGUUUCUCGGAUCCAGUCUAUGCAGAAGCCCACGUCAAAGUUCAUCAAUUCGAUAUUAUUCUCGAUGUACUAUUGGUCAAUCAAACGAACGAGACGUUGCAAAACCUGUCGGUUGAGUUCGCUACUCUUGGGGACCUGAAAGUCGUGGAGCGGCCCACCACCCAUAAUCUCGGCCCACACGACUUCCUCAAUGUCCAGUCCACCAUCAAAGUCUCAAGUACUGACACUGGAGUCAUUUUUGGAAAUGUUGUCUACGACUCCCCAUCCGGCACCGAUACGCGUGUAGUCAUCCUCAAUGACGUUCAUGCUGAUAUCAUGGAUUAUAUUCAACCUGCAACCUGCUCAGAGUCUGCAUUCCGUACUAUGUGGACAGAGUUCGAAUGGGAAAAUAAAGUCAACAUCAACAGUAAGAGCACAACAAAGACGCUAAGGGAGUUCUUGGAUCAGUUGAUGAAAAGCACUAACAUGACUUGUCUUACACCUGACGCGGGACUCAAAGGUGACUGUCAGUUCCUAAGCGCCAACCUCUACGCUAGGAGUGUUUUUGGCGAGGAUGCUUUGGCAAAUCUAAGUAUAGAAAAAACGCCUGAUAACUCUGUCAUCGGGUUCAUCAGGAUCAGAUCAAGAUCACAAGGACUGGCACUUAGUCUUGGCUCACUGAAAGGGUUGAAAGCGGGUACUUAUUGA